AAUCUUGGAUGAAAUUUUUCUGAGUACAAACAUUAUCAGUAGAUUAUAUUAAGUGGUAGGUGAUAUUUUAUUAUGAUCUAAAUCAGAAGAAAACAUGUUAAUGUAAAAUAUUGUUAUUAGACUCAAAGUGUGAAUUCAGAUUGGUUUUAAUCGGUUUGUAUGUAAGAUAUGAAAAAAAUGGUUGAUCUUACAAAAUGGUUGUUAGUAAAUUAUCUUGGAAAGUUAUAAAAGUAAUUAUAAAGUUCCAUAUAAAAGAAGGGUGAAUAGUUUUUAUUUCUUUUCAUUGUGUUGAAUUCAUGGCAAUCAAACAGUUUUACUAUUCGAGGAUUUGAUUGAAUCGACAGGACGAAGAUGCAGUUAACUAAUUCAUCUGAUAGCCAUAGAGUAAAACUUAUAAAAACUUUGCUCUGUGUAAUAUCAUUUCUGGGUCUCGGUGGAUGUAACACUUUACUUGGGUCCUCUUUACUUGAUCUUCAGAUCAGAAUUAGUGAAUCUUUCGCCGUCACAUCGAACCUGGUUCCAGCGCGAUCCAUUGGGUAUCUUAUCGGAGGAAUUGCAUCUGGUUUAAUUGAUCGAUUCUUAGGACCAAAUAUGAUACUCUUUAUAUCCAAUUUUAUCGCUGGUGCAGCGAUUGCGAUCGCUCCUUGGUUCAAAUCUUUUUACUUUGUUUAUUCAUUCAUUUUACUCUCAGGAUUCGCUCAGGGUAUUUUCGACAUAGUUUGUAAUACUUACAUUCUUAGAAUCUGGAAGGACAGUAAAUCUCUAUCGAAUUAUGUUCAAGUUCUUCACGGGGCCUUUGGUGUCGGUGCUUUGAUAACUCCACUAAUUAGUCAACCAUUUUUACUUCCUCUAAAUGAUGAUGAUUCUAGUGAUGGUGUUACUAUUACAAAGACAGAUAACAUUACCAUUCAGGGAAAUUACACUCCGAAUGAUGUUAAAGUUCAGUGGGCAUUUCUCUCUAUCACAGCUUUGCAGUUUAUCUCAUCGGUUGGAUUCUUAAUAUUUCAUUUCAAAGAUAAAACAAAACAACAGACCAUCGAUACAAAUGAAGAGGAUAUUGAUGAUCAACCAAAGAAAUGGAAAAUCUAUGUUGGCGUUGGAUUAAUGGCACUUUUUGCUAAUACAACCUUCGGUAUCUCAGUUCUAGUUGGUUCAUUAGCUCCUGCAUACGUUGUAAAAUCUGAUUUACACAUGAGUAAAGCUACUGGAGCUUCAUUGGUAACAGUAUUUUGGGUGGUUAUAACCGCUUACAAAGUCUUUUUCGUUGUCAUAUCGAACUUCAUUGGAGACAAAUACUUGAUAUUAUUUAGCUAUUGUAGCGAAUUAGCAGCGAUAUUCGUUCUGAUUCCUCAUGCAGGUUAUAAUCGGUUAUGUAUAUGGAUUGGAUUGACUUUUGUGGGCAUUGGAUACGCUUCUCUAUUCACAGUCACGUUAAGUAAAUUACAAAAGUAUUUUAUUCUCACAAAUGCUUUAGCUUCAUUUAUUUUCAUCAAUGGAUCAAUUGGUGAAGCUAUUCAUCCAUGGAUAGCAUCUAAACUAAUGGAUACCAAGCCAGUUUCUUUCGUCUAUUACCUUGCUAUGGUCUCGUUCUUGAAUACUUCCAUAUGUAUAAUACUGCCAAUCAUAUGUGAUAAAAUAUUUGCAUCUGAAAAGAAACGCACUUACACCCGAACAUCAUCAAUACGAUCUUGGACAAGAUAAAAGCCUUAAAGCUUAACUAAUAAAGAUUUUUGUACAAUCAAGUUCGUAGAAUAAUAUUGUGCCAAUAUUGUAUUAUUUGCGUUUUGUACUUACUAUUAAUAAAAUUGAUCACUUAUCAAAUGCUAAAAAUUAUGUUUU